AUGUCAACCACCACGGUUCCCUCCCUUGUCACGCUCCCCGCCGAGCUCCGCCAGAAGAUCCUCUCCAACCUCUUCAACAACACCAUCCGGAUCAAUACCAACGGCGAAGUCUUGAGCGCCACCCCCUGGCAGCUGAAGUCCACCUGCAAGCUGCUCAAGGCCAACAUCGAGAAGCUGGAGGAGCUCUGGACCCACAACGAGGACGCUAAGCUGGUCAUCACCUCCCGGACCGAGCUCCGCGCCAUGCCCGCCCUCAUAACCUCCCUCAAAGCAAAGGCGGCUGCAGCGGGAAAGACCUGGCGUGGAUUUCAGGAGGUCGAGAGUAAGGUAUUCCACCCGAACGGCCUCGCACAGGCGUCGAAGCGGGAAAAAUACGCCCUCAAUUUGGCUGAAACCUCCUUCUCUGCCGCUGCCAAAAAAGCCAUAGUGGAGAUGACCAACGUCGCAGAUGAAUGGCGCGAUGCCCGCGCCGCUUUGUACCCGACCCUCGACCCUGAAAUUACUCGAGUGCUCGCAUUGGACAUCACGCUCCCCGAUGCCGUUGCGGCGGUGUUGAAGCAUCCGGGACGCCGAGGAACAAUUGAGUUGGUCUUAGCGCUUCGAGGGGUAGCAAGCAUGGCGUGGACGCUUGGACAAGACUACACGUACGCCUAUACGAAGAAGCCGUAUGUGCGGAUGCAGGAUAGAAAGGGGGGUGUCUAUCCGAGGAUCGAGUGGGCUAGGACGUUUCCGGUGGAGCAUCGGGGAAUAUUCGAGUCGCUUGGAGCGGAGGGCUCGUAUUCUAUGAACGUUCAAUUCGUCUAA